CCACCUCACGGGGUUGUUGUGGUGGGGAAAAUAGGAGGAGGAAGGAGCAUGAGGUAUGUUCGCCCCCUUGAGUUACUUGUAAAAUAAUAAAGGCGGGAUGAAAAAAAAUCUAAAAAAAAAUAGCGAGAUCAGAUAAGCGACCCAGCUCUUGACCCAGCUCCCUGAAUUAAAAUAUCCCUCGUUUACAUUUGUGGCCACAACUUGCUUGCAUCGUGGCCUAAUUUGUAAACAUUUCUACCUGGUUUAUUAGUCUUGCCGACUGGAAAAGAGAAGAAGCCUGAAUAAAGAAAAGAAUAAGCAGCUUGUCGUAAGGGAGGGGAAAAUGAACCCAUCCCUAUUUUUAUGGACAGGCAGUGCAAUUAAAUGAAAUUAGAGUAUUAUUAUCCAUGUUGUGUUCUUGGCCUGAGCCCAAUUGAUUUUGGUUUGGUAGUCUAUAUCUGUGACUGGGUGUGGCUUAAAAUAUUUGUGGCCAAGCUUAGGGUUUGAUUUUACCAUAAACAAGACAUUUUCCUCCUCUCUGGCUUUUGUCUUUCUUUCUUUACAGGUUUACAGCCUGCUCAGAGGAAAAAAAAAAACUCUUGGCCAACACCCAUCAUGUCCUUAAAGACCCCCCCGAGCUCUGCUCCGGGUUCGCCUGAUCGCGGGGAUGUUUCUAUCGUUUUCGUGGGGAAAUCUGGGGUGGGCAAAUCGGCUCUUCUCAACGCCGUACGAGGGAUGACCGAAGAUGAUGUUGGAUCAGCCCCCGUGGGGGCCCCGGUGAAAUCUGAGAGGCCCGUCAUGUACCCCGAUCUGUCUCAUCGUAAUUUACUGCUGUGGGAACUGUCGAUGGAUGGCGAGGGACAGCCUGCAGAUCGUUGGAUCGGAGAGGCCGACCUGCUUGUGUUGGUGACUGAUAACAAGUUUGAGGGUUCCCACACCCGCCUGGCGUUGGAGGCCCAGGAAGCAGGCAAGAAGGUCUAUUUUGCCCGGACCAAGGCUGAUCUGGAACUUCACACUCUCAAACGGUUGAUGGGGAAACAUUACAAUCGAUCUGAAGUCCUCCUGGCCCUCCGGGGGGUCUGUGCUGAAUCCCUGGGGACCCUCUUGCUUGGGGAACCCUUUGUAUUCUUGAUCUCUGCAUUUGAGCCCUAUGCCCUGGAUUGCCCCCAGUUGCGAGAAGAUUUGCUGAAGGAUGUCCACCAGUACGAGAGGGUGGUGAAGCCCAUCCCCUCAGACUAUGACAUGAUCAGCGAACGAGAGAUUGCUGAGAUCCAGGAAGCCUAUGAACUGGGAGGCCUCUCUGAGGUGGUGACCCGAAUCCAGUGCAGUUUGGAAGCAAUCUGCAACACCCAGCUUGAUAUUGCGGUCACAGGAGAAUCAGGGACCGGAAAAUCCACAUUUGUGAAUGCCUUGAGGGGUAUGAAUGAUGAAGAGGAAGGGGCUGCUGCAACAGGCGUGAUAGAGACAACAAUGCAGCCCACGCCGUAUCCUUACCCUGGGCAUACCAACGUCAGCCUGUGGGAUCUCCCUGGUAUUGGAACUCCCAACUUCAAGGCUGAUAAGUACUUAGAAGCUGUGGAGUUUUCCCGUUAUGAUUUUUUUAUCAUCCUGGCUUCUGAACGAUUUAAAGAAAACCACGUUCGUUUGGCCCAAGCCAUUAUCCAACAGGGAAAGCAGUUCUACUUUGUACGCACCAAGGUAGACAAUGAUUUGGACGCCGUGCAGAGAAAGAAGAAUCCACCCACUGAAGCAGAAGUUCUGAAGGAGAUCCGCGAUGACUGCCGGGACAAGCUUUUCAAGGCUGGACUGAGUGAUGCCAAGGUGUUCCUUCUCAGCAGUUUUGCAAUCGACAAGUUUGACUUCCAGGUUUUUGUGGAAACUAUGGAGCAAGAAUUGCCAACCCAUAAGCGCCAGGCUUUUCUCUUGUCUCUGCCCAGUGUCUCCAUGGGGAUCAUAGAGAAGAAGAAGAAGCUCCUUCAACAGGAGGUCUGGAAGGUGGCUUUGGUUUCCAGCUUAGUAGCUGCAGUCCCUUUGCCAGGCCUGGCCUUCACCUGUGAUGUUUCCAUUUUGCUGAGGAAGUUGUCCACUUACCGGCAGGACUUUGGCCUUGAUGCAGCAUCUUUGACCCGACUGGCAGAACGUUCCAGGAAACCCAUGGGGGUCCUGAGAGCAGAAGUGCACAGUUCUCUAGGGCGUAGCAUCAACAAGGAUGUGGUGAUCAAGUUGCUGGGAAAGGCCACUGGUACAAGCCUGGUGGUGGCCAAUCUUUUCAUCCAUCGAAUCCCGAUUUAUGGAGCCCUGGCCUCUGGGGGUAUUUCUUUUCAUACCACGUAUUCCAUGUUGAACCAGUGCCUGGAAGAGCUGGCUGCUGACUCCCAACGUGUUCUUAUGAAGGCCUUUGAAAGUGACGUCUGAUGUGGCUA